AUGCAGUUCACAGUGAUGCCAGAGCUGCCGACGCCGCCCGCGCCGGAGGUCAUGGCCAAAACGGCGCAGUCCAUCACGUUGCGCGUGCAGAAACCGCCUCAAGCGGACGGCGACGCGCAGUACAAGCUGCAAGUGAGCUACAGCGAACAUGGCUACGUCUUUUACUCGUGGAGUGAGUCGGCGCUCUUUGCGGGCAGUAUGUUCCCCGUGAAAGGCCUGAGCCCCAAUACGACCUACGUCUUCCGCGUGCGCGUGGUGCAUGAGAAGGCUCGACAGUGCGGCGAGUGGUCAGUGCUGACGCCAAACGUGCGCACGUUCACGGAGGAGGAGGACGCCAAGCGCUCGGGCACCGUGUUCGAGCAUGCGCUCAAGCUCGAGCGCGAGCACAAGAGCGUUCUCGAGGGACAGAUCUCCAAGCUCACUGGGAUGCUGGACGAGCGGAAGACGACACGGGAGGACGAAGGCAAGCUGCAGCAGCACGAGGACAUGCUGGCCAGUCGCCGCGUGAUCGACACGAGUCUCGGGAAGCUCCAGCAGGAACUGAGUGCGCAGACGCUGGCGCUGCAGACGAUCAAGAGUCAACGCGCUGCGGACGAGCAGAUGAUCACGGAGCUGCUGAACGAGCAAGAGACGCUGCGUUCUGCGCAGAGCGAGCAGCAGGGACAGGUGCAGUACGAGCUCGAGAUGCAGACGCUCCGUGCUCAAUUGGAGAAGAACGAGCAAGCGCUGAGGAAGUACCAGGAGCAGGUGAACGCGAGUCAUGAGCAGGUCUUGCACUACGAGACGUCACUGCAGGUGAAGGAGCGGGAGAUUGCGCAGAAGGAGGAGGAGGUGGAAAGAAUAACGGCCGACUGCAACCGCAUGGUCCAGGAGCAAGCUGAUUUCGCCCACGUCAAGCAGCUGGAGGUGGAAGAUGCCUUGCUGGAGGCAAAGACAUCGCUGGAGCAGCAGCUGGACGUCAACACGUACUUGCGCGAAGAGGUCUCGCGUCUGCGUGAGGAGAACCACCACCUGAAGAAUCAGAUCAAGGAAGUGGACUCGGAGGUCGUUCCCAAGCUGGUGCGUCUCGAGGACGAGAACGAACGGCUGCGUGCCCAGCUUAGCCGCCGGUAG